ACAAAACUGAGGAAGAGAAGAUCAGGAGAGAUGGAGGGAGCAAGUGUGAAAAACAGAAGUGAAGAUAAGAAAGAGAGAAAGUGGAGGCCCAAAAAAGGAGGGAAAGGAACAGAUGAGUCAGGUGAUGGAGGAACAUUUGGAGAGAAGACAGCAAGGAAAGGAUGGGAGGAUGAAAAGAGACAGAAAGUGAAAGAGAGGCAGAUUAUAAAGAAAAGCAGAGACAGCAAGAAGGUGAAAAUUAUUAUUAUUAUUUACUCACUGACAGACAGAAAAAAAGAGAGUGAGUAUGUGUUUACAGCAGAAUCUGAGAGUUUGUAGUGUGUGCGUGUGUGUCUGCGUGUGCGUGUGUGUGUGUGCAUGCGUGUGUGUGUGUGUGCAUGCGUGUGUGUGUGCAUGCGUGUGUGUGUUUGUGUGUGUGGUAGCCUAGUUGUUAAGGUGUUACAUUACCAGCUGGAAGGUUGUGAGUUUGAGUCCCACAUCGACCAAGCUGCCACUGCUGGGCCCCUGAACAAGGCCCUUAACCUUCAGUUGUAUAAGACGAGUUAAAAUGUAAGUUCUGGAUAAAGGUGUCUGUCACAUAAUGUGUGAAUGUUUACAGCAGCAGUUUGGUCUGGUUGAGACUCUCAUCACACACAGAGAGACAGACAGGAAGAAGAGUCAAGAAGAGAAGGAUCAGAGGGAUGAGACCAGUGAUGGGGAUCAGUAUGUCAUGUGGGUGCAAUGUAGCAAACCUGAAUGUGGUAAAUGGAGAAGGCUGAGUGAUGGUGUUGAUCCUUCAGUUUUGCCUGAUGACUGGACCUGCCAAAACAACACAGACGGCACCUUCAGCAGUUGUUCAGCUCCAGAAGAGACGUCCAGUGCACCUGAGGAGGAGAUGUUCUUUUACAGUCUGGUGCCUGGAUCACUGGUCUGGGCCCAGCAAAGUGGCUAUCCCUGGUGGCCUGCAAUUGUAGAGCGAGAUCCAAACACAGAGGAAUAUUUGGAAUUCUUCUCAGAGUCCGAUCUCAUUCCGUAUAAGUGCCAUGUGACUUAUUUUGGAGAACCGGUGACUCGGGCCUGGGUCUCCUGCAACAAAGUGAGGGAAUACGCUGACCUCUCUGAGGAUAAGUUUCUUCAUCUAGAGAAGAGCCUGAAAGAUUCCAUUUGUAUGGCCAAGGAAGCACUCCACUUGUCUCUGAAGGAGCGCUUAGUAAAGUUUGGGUUUCGUAUGCGUUAUGUGUCAGACAGAGAGAGCUCAGAGGACAGUGAUAUCACAGCAGACCAGACAGUGCCUCGGGGUGCCAUGAAAACAAGCACUGACAUGACCUUUGACCAAGACAUUCAUUCUGAUGGAGAGCUUAAGGAGAGCAAGAGAGAGGUGGGAGGUGUAGAGCAACAGGAUGAGAAUGAAGAUGAUGAAGAAUACAAGGAUGUGCAUGACAGGGAGGAGGAGAACAACAAGAAAGAGCAGGACAGGUCUCCCUCAUGUUGCUGGAGGAAGAGUAAGGACUAAACACACAAGUGUGAUUAGUGGGAUUUGGGAUGAGGCCUGUGUGCUUUAUUUCUGGGUAAUAACACUAACACAAUCUCACUAUGUUCCAAACCACACAGUACCACACUAAAUAGUGUACUUUAUAUUGU